GUAGCAUUUGUUAACUCUUGCCACACUGCAAGCAAAAACAGAUAAAAAGCUAGCUUGAAUUCUCAAACGUUGAAUAAGUAUAAAUUUUGUUUAUCCAAAAAUGGCGAAAGCUGGAAAUCCAUUCAAUAUUCUGCGAAAUAUCUACCACAAUGAAUUUCAGUGGAUGUUGGUGAAGAGUUUCGGCAUGUUCUUUCUUGGAGUUCGCAUUGCCAAGGAGUUUGUGGGUGUGGAGCUGAUGCCGAGUGUGAUGCCAGCCUAGUGAAAUAAUUAACCAAAUUCGCCAUGUACAAAAAAUAGGGCAGUUAACUAAUUAUAAUUAAAAAAAACCACAACAAACGAA